AUGCCGCAGCCAACGGCCAGCUUGGCUGCCCAGGCCAUCCCUCGGCAGAUCUGGCAAGUGGGUAGGAGCUGGGUGGAGGCGAUUGGCGAGUUUGGGUACUACAUGCGCGACUGGUGGCUACUCAACCCUGAGUACCGAUACGACUUUCUGGACGACCGCGAGGCGGCGCAGUUCGUGCAGGAGCACGCGACGAGCAACGAGAGCAUGGCUUAUGAUUCGCUUCUCGUCGGCGCACAAAGAACCGACUUGCUGCGCAUGCUACUCCUCAAAUACCGCGGUGGGGUCUACGCCGAUCUCGACGCGAAGCUGCUCGCUCCGCUCCGCACCAUCGUCCCACCACGCGCUUCGUCCGUGAACGGUCGGUUUUGGUCGUCGGAGAUGCUCGCAUACGAGCCGAUGCACCCCUUUCUCCUCCGCGCCGCGGAGAUGAUCACGGCCGGUGUGCUGAGGCAGGUGCUGCUGCACAGGGAGGGCGACCCGGCGAGGUGCAAUGCCCCGGCGACGUGCGUGAUCUACGUCACUGGCCCGGUCAUAUACCGGGGGGCAGUCGAUGCGGAGCUCGCCGCCAACGGGUGCGGUUAUCGCGGAUCGCGCCACUUCCGGCACUGCCGCGCCAGCGAGGCCAUCCGCCGGACACACGUGUGCCGCUCCGACAACGGCACCGUCUACCUGCCGUGGAUAUGCGGUGUCGUACGGCACUUUGAUUGCCGCAACAACAACAGGGGCUGCGCAGGCCCGGCGUGCCACAUGAAGAUGUACUCCUCGGGCUACCAGAGCGCGAAACACCGCGCCUGCCUGCCUGGCCACUAUAUGUACGCGCAGAACUUCUUCAACUUGUCAGUUCUCCGCGACGGCCGCGCGACCGCCGCACGACCGCUGCGCCGCUGCCAAAACGAAUAUUCAUCACACGCCGAGUGCAAGGCAGAACGCAAGGAGCUAGCUGCACGCGCAGGGACACAGGCGAUGUUACCCUAG